AUGGAGCUCUCUAGAUACCUUGCCCUCCUGGCAGUCAUCCUGCCCGUUGCCUACGGUGCUCCGACGCAGGCUGCGACCAGCCUCCACCCUAAGAUCCUGGCCGCCAUGAAGCGUGACCUUGGACUGGACGCCGAGGCUGCCACUGCUCGCGUUGCCUUCGAGCACGGUGCUACCAACAUCAUCGAACAGCUGCGAACCUCGACGGGCGACUCGUUCGCCGGUGCUUGGAUCUCCGCGGACGGCACCACUCUUAAUGUCGGUGUCACUGAUGAAGCCCUGGCCGCCGAGGUGACCGCUGCCGGCGCUACGCCGGCCAUCAUGUCCAAUAGCCUCUCCAAGCUCGAACAGGCUAAGCUGGCCAUUGACAACUUGGAUAUCAACCAAUCCGAGGCCCGCGACACGAGCUCGGCUGACUCUGGAAUCGCAUCGUACUACGUUGAUGUUGCUUCCAACAAGCUCAUCCUGGAGGCACUCGCCGGUAGUGUUGCUCAUGCCGAGUCGCUGGCCACCCAAGUCGGACUCGCCGCAUCCGACUUCGAGGUGCGAACUGUUGAGGAGAUGCCGACCACCUUUGCGACAAUCCGUGGCGGCGACGCCUACUACAUCAACCGAUCGGCCAGAUGCUCUAUUGGCUUCUCGGUCACGACGGGCUUUGUUUCAGCUGGCCAUUGCGGUACCGUAGGUUCCUCUGCCACCACCAGCAGCGGUGCGGCGCUCGGAAGCUUUGCGGGCUCGGUCUUUCCAGGCAGCGCCGAUAUGUCCUUCAUCCGCAGUAGCAGUGGAAACACUCUCAGUGGCACCAUUAACGGCUACAGCCGGGGCACCCUGCCUGUGUCGGGCAGCACCGUAGCCGGCGUUGGAUCCAGCAUCUGCCGCUCCGGCUCCACCACCGGUGUCUACUGCGGCACGGUCGGGGCCCUCGGCGCGACGGUCAACUACGCCGAAGGACGUGUCACAGGCCUCACUCGCACCAGUGCGUGCGCCGAGCCUGGUGACUCUGGCGGCUCUUUUUACUCCGGCGCUCAAGCCCAGGGUGUCACAUCCGGAGGCUCGGGUAACUGCAGAUCCGGCGGCACGACCUACUUCCAACCGGUCAAUGAGAUCCUUUCGACCUAUGGACUUACGCUGGUCAGGUCUUAA